AAUUCAUUUGAGCUAAAUGAAAGAAGGGGAGGCAAAUUAGCGCGACGCUCCGUUUGAGCAGGCAAGACGACAUUCCACGCCACUCCCAGAUCACUUUCACGCCAUUGAAGCCCCCGCUUCGAUCAUUUUCCACUCCAAAUCUCCAGAAAUAAGCAAAUCUACAGAGUUCGGAACAAAUCAGUGCAGCUUUAGGGCCGUCGAAGUUUUUAUUUUCGCUCAGUUGCAGAGGUUAUAGGCUAACAAAACUUUAUUUCAGGACUCUUCUGUUUAUUUGCUUUCUGAAACCCCAUCAAAGGACGGCAAGAUGGGCUACAUUGGACGCCAUGGUGUGGAAACGUUACACAGAUACAAAUAUAGUGGUGUGGAUAGGUCUUAUGUUGCCAAAUAUGUGCUGCAACCAUUUUGGAGCCGUUGCGUUAAUCUUUUCCCUCUUUGGAUGCCGCCCAACAUGAUCACGCUUUUGGGAUUUUUAUUCAUUGUUACAUCGGCUUUUCUAAGUUAUGUGUAUUCACCUCAACUAGAUUCCCCACCUCCCAAGUGGGUUAACUUCAUGCAUGGAUUGCUUUUAUUUUUAUAUCAGACAUUUGAUGCUGUGGAUGGGAAGCAAGCUAGAAGGACAAAUUCAUCAAGUCCAUUGGGGGAGCUUUUUGACCAUGGAUGUGAUGCACUUACAUGUGCGUUUGAAACGAUGGCCUUUGGAAAUUCUAUUAUGAGUGGAAGGCAUACUAUCUGGUUUUGGGUCAUUGCUGCUGUGCCUUUCUAUUGCGCAACAUGGGAAAGUUUUUUUACCAACACGCUUAUACUUCCAGAAAUAAAUGGGCCUACGGAAGGUUUGAUGCUGAUCUAUUCAGUGCAUUUUGUAACUUCUUUCAUAGGUUCUGAAUGGUGGGCUCAGGAUUUUAGACAAGCGAUUGGGGUUCUGGACUGGGUACCUUUUAUUCCAGACAUUCCAGUGUACGACCUAGUUUUGUAUAUCAUGAUCGUUGUUGCUGUGGCUCCUACAGUUGCAUACAAUGUCUAUAAUGUCUACAAAGUAGUUCAGGCAAGAAAGGGAAACAUGCUCCCUGCAUUAGCUAUGCUUUUUCCAUUCAUCACACUUCUGGGUGGAGUUUUUAUAUGGGGAAUGCUAUCUCCAUCUGAUGUGCUGGCUAGUCAACCUCAUCUGUUGUUAGUGGGAACUGGUUUUGCCUUCGGAUAUAUGGUGGGAAGAAUGAUUUUGGCACAUAAUUGUGAUGAACCAAAGGGGUUAAAGACUGGCAUGUGCAUGUCUUUGUUGUUUCUUCCUCUUGCAAUUGCAAAUGCCCUUUCAGCAAAGCUUUUGGGCGGAAUUCCCCUUGUUGAUGAGCUAUGGCUACUACUUGGAUACUGUAGUUUUACAGUUUCUCUUUACAUGCAUUUUGCUGUCAGCAUCAUUCAGGAGAUAACAACUGCUCUCGGCAUUCAAUGCUUCAGGAUAACUAGGAAAGAAGCUUGAGAUGCUGCUUCUUUCGUCCUGGAUGGAAUGUUUCAUCAGAUUGAGGGUACUUAUUUAUGCAUUUUGAAAAUGUCAAAAGACGUCACAAAUGAAAAGUAAAUAGAAAGCAACUCAGCUUUGAUACUGCAAUGUAUUUAUUGAUGAUUUCCCAACAUAGUCAAGUUACCUUUUUCACAAUUGCAACAUUUCUGGUAGUAACAUUCUUCAUCUGGGUUGAAGGAAAUGCAAGAAAGUUGGAAGUGCUUUGGGUGUGAUCAGAGCUGCCUUAUUUCUGGUAGUAACUAUUGCAAGAAAGGUUUCUUUACUUUUGAGAUUAUAGGUUUUGAAAGCAUUAAAUGAAAAAACGAAGAGGGAGAAAAGGGGUAAAAUUUGUUACUUGAGUGAAAUUUGCUGCAGAAACCACAAGGUAGAAGCUGUGGGAUUCAAUUCAGUAAGUAGUCAGUGUCUUUCAGUCUUGGUAACACAUCGAAGGCAUCUGUGCAAAAUGAUUUUUCCUUUUAUUCAGCGUGUCUUCAUGUAUUUUGUUCUAUCAUAAUUUAUUUUUUCCAAUUUAAAUACCCUUUCUGCA